UGAUUUCGCGAGUGAAACGACCGAGUUAUUUAUUUUGAAAAUUAUCAUUUGAGCGUGAAGACGCUAGGAGUCCGAGUCAGAGUACAUGGAUUUUGUUCACGGACUUAGUCUUGGGUCGUCGGUCUUUACAAAUUAACAAAGUACAAUGUACUCUCUCUUUUCUUUUUCUCAAUUCUGAAACCGCGUUUAUUAUAUUCACAUAAAACCCUCAUCUCUGUUCCCCCUUUCUCACUCCCACCAUGAAAUUAUCGAAUUCUGUUAAUCAGAAUCUCUAUGGCUUUUCUCCUCAGCCAAUCUCUCUUUAUUUUUUCGUACUUUCUUCUUUCUUCUCUUCCAAUCAUAAAUGCACUUUCAACUGUUUCCAUUUCUGAAACUUCCAACCAAACAUUUAUUUGUGCCUUACAACAGCCAAACCAACAAGGAAAAUCAAAUCUUAACUGUACUAGCUUUCCUCCGGGGCUUGUCGUUAAUCCCAACAUUUCAUAUUCCGAGAUUGUGGGUGGCAAUGGAUUUGUUUGUGCAUUAAGGUCACCAUCUAAUUCUACUUCCAUCAUGGGCUGUUGGAGAUUCUCUCCCAAUGCUGCUACUAAUGUUCCAUAUAAGCGUAUCUACCGUGGACCCGUUAUACAAGACAUUGAUGCUGGGAAUUCCCAUAUCUGUGGCCUUGUAAAUAGGGAAAAUGGCCUCGACCUUGAGUGUUGGCAAUGGCCUGGCUUCAAUUCAAGCAUGGGAGGGAAGAGGAACAUGUCAAGCAUUGCCGUGGGAGAGAAUUUCUUAUGUGGCUUAUCAGAAACUGGGAACGUUACUUGCAUGGGGAAUAAUACUAGAGUUGUUGGGCAUGAGCCUAGUGGAAAUUACUCUCUUGUUGCAGCUGGGUUUUGGCAUGCUUGUGCUAUUUCUCUUGAUGGUAGCUUGGAUUGCUGGGGAAACGUGGUGGGUGAUAAACCACAAGGGAGUUUCGUUUCUUUGGCGUUGGGAGAGGAUCGAAGUUGUGCACUUGGUUAUAAUGGAAUGGUUGCUUGUUGGGGGUCGAAUAAUUUCAGCAUGCCAAAUAGAUUGCAAGGGACUUUUUUUGAAUCAAUUGUAGCAAAGCGAAGUGUUUUCUGUGGUGUUGUGUCUUCUAAUUAUUCUUUGCUUUGUUGGGGUACUGAAAUUCUUGAGUCAAAUACCAAGGUGUUUGAUAAUGUCCUCCCAGGACCUUGUAGGAAUGAAUGUCCAUGCGGGCCCUUGUCAGAUUCUGCCAAUUUCUGUGACUCUCCAGCCAUCAUUUGCAAGCCUUGUCCACCUGUUUUUCAAUCUCCAUUGCAGCCGCCGCCACCACCACCACCAUCUCCACCCCAAAAUGCAGCAGAAAGUGGUUGGAGUACCAAAAUGGUGGCAUUUCUAGUGGUUGGAUGUGUUGGUUGCAGUUCCUUGUUGCUAGUCUUGGCUUUCUUCCUUUACAGGUACUGCAAAGGCAGAGGAUGCCGUGUACAUGACUCUGGCCGAUUGGAUGAGCCAGGGACUGAACCAGAAGCUCAAGCUGUCUCUGGAGUUCUGGAGAAGCGGUUGAGCCAUGUAAUUAGCAUGGGAAAUGGCAGCCAUUUAGAGGAAUUUCCCCUGCUAGUACUGGUUGAAGCCACCAACAAUUUCUCAGAGGAGAAAAAAAUUGGUAUGGGUAGCUUUGGUUCAGUGUAUCAUGCCACACUGGAAGAUGGUAAGGAAGUUGCUAUAAAAAGAGCUGAGUUCUCGUCCACCUCUCCGUCCUAUGCAGUUAUGGGUGGCACCAAACGGCAAGAAGACAAAGACAAUGCCUUUGUCAAUGAGCUUGAAUCUCUAUCAAGACUCCACCAUAAGAACCUAGUCCGGUUAUUGGGUUUCUAUGAAGACAUGAAUGAACGCAUUUUAGUGUACGAUUAUAUGAACAAUGGUAGCUUAAAUGAUCACCUCCACAAGCUCCAGAGUUCUGCUCUCAUGUCAUGGCCACUUCGCAUCAAGGUAGCUCUAGAAGCAGCAAGAGGUAUAGAGUACCUACACAAGUAUGCCACUCCACCAAUCAUUCAUCGUGACAUAAAGUCAGCUAACAUAUUAUUAGAUGCCAAGUGGACGGCCAAAGUUGCUGAUUUUGGACUAUCAUUGAUGGGUCCCGAAGAUGAGGAGUCACACCUUUCACUUCUAGCAGCUGGUACACUUGGCUAUAUGGACCCUGAAUACUAUAGGCUUCAGCAUUUGACCUCAAAGAGUGAUGUGUACAGCUUUGGCGUGGUUUUGCUAGAACUGCUAUCUGGGCACAAAGCCAUCCAUAAAAAUGAGAAUGGGGUGCCAAGAAAUGUGGUAGAUUUUGUGGUACCGUUCAUUGUUCAAGAUGAAAUUCACAGGGUGUUGGACCCAAGAGUGCCACCCCCAACACCAUUUGAGAUUGAGGCCGUGGCGUUUGUUGGUUAUUUGGCAGCAGAUUGUGUUAGACUAGAAGGUCGAGAUAGACCAACCAUGUCUAAAGUUGUAAAGAGUUUGGAAACAGCACUUGCGGCGUGUUUACUCCAACCAAUACUGUCGAGGUCCACCACUGCUUCUUCAGACUAGUUCAGUUCACCAAAUUUCCUUUACGCUUAACGCGUUGGGCUUCCCCUUCCCUUCGUAAAUGAAUUCUGAAUCAGUCAACUUGUGUAGAUU